AUGGCUCUCGCCGCCAUCUAUCAAGCACUCCCUAAGGACGUCCUUCUCAUGAGAGUCAAGGAGGCAAAAGUGCAAACCUUGAAGACACAAUUCGAGGCGAUUCGCAUGAAGAAUGGGGAAUUGGUGGAUGAUUUUUCCAUGAAAUUGACAUUCAUCUUUAUUGGUAUUCGCUCGUUGGGAGAGAAGAUCGUUACACUGAUCGAGGAAUUUGGUGACCUCAAGAAUAUGAUCGUCGAGGAGAUCAUCGGUCAUCUCAAAGUCCACGAUGAGAGACUUCGCGGCUAUGAAUACCAAGAGGAGAAGUAUAUAUUUCUCACGCAUGAUGAAUGGAUGCCACGAAUGAAGAAAAAUGGAGAAGCCAAUUUUUCUUCUAGAUCGUCGAGUCGUAGCGACAAUGGUGGAGAUAACCGAUAUGGGAACUACGCGUCUCAGUGCCCUAAUAAAAGGUCUGACAAUGAGACAAACCUUACUAGCUUCUAUGAUGAGGAGUCAGCAUUAAUGUUUGUUGAGGUAGUAAAGAAUGUUUUGCCUAAAGAUGAUGAUGAAAACCUCACUAGCUUAUAUGACGAGAAACCAGUCUUAAUGUUUGUUAAAGGAGUGACAAAUGCUUUUCCCGAAGACGAGAAGACAAACCUUGAAGAGUUCAUGCAAGAACCGUAUAAGGAGGAACUAGAGGUGGUGUUGCUUAAUGAAGAGAAAGUCAUGGAAAAACUCCUCGCAAGUGGCGAUGAGUGUAAUCACACCAAUAUGUGGUACCUUGACAAUUGA